AAUUAUAAGGCUGGUUUCAGAAAUCACAGUAAAAUAAAGAAGAAAAACCCAACACAGUGACACACAUAUCCAAACCAAAUCCCACCUGCAAAAGAAAAAAACUGAUCUUGCUCAUUCUUUCCACCCAAAUCCCCCUCAAUUUCCGGUGAUGAGUGCCAACAAGCCGCCGCAACUCCCUUUGUUAUCACCGCCGUCUCACACUUUAUGCUCCCUUCAAACCUCACUCCUUUCUCUAGCCGUUCUAACUCUUCUUUCCUUCACUUAUCUUUCUCUCAAAUCCCUCCAUUCCCCUCCCUCUUUUCUUUCUCAAAAUACUUCCUCUAUUCCUCUCGUCUUCACCCAAGAUGACUCUGUCUCUGUCGUCCACUCCAAUGUUUUCCACUCGCCAAAUAUCUUCCAUCUUAAUUACUUGGAGAUGGAGCAAAAAUUCAAGAUCUAUAUUUACCCUGAUGGUGAUCCCAACACCUUUUAUCAGACCCCCAGGAAAUUGACUGGUAAAUACGCUAGUGAAGGCUAUUUCUUUCAAAAUAUUCGAGAAAGUUCUUUCUUAACUCAGGAUCCCGAUCAAGCCCACCUGUUCUUCAUCCCCAUCUCCUGCCAUAAAAUGCGCGGCAAGGGGACGUCUUAUGAGAAUAUGACAAUAAUUGUUAAGGAUUAUUUGGACGGUUUGAUAAGCAAGUAUCCUUAUUGGAAUCGGACGCUAGGUGCUGAUCACUUCUUUGUAACUUGUCAUGAUGUGGGUGUAAGGGCGACUGAAGGGGUUCCGUUUCUUGUAAAGAAUGCAAUUCGGGUUGUGUGUUCUCCUAGUUAUGAUGUUUCCUUCAUUCCACAUAAAGAUGUUGCUCUCCCACAAGUCUUACAGCCAUUUGCUCUUCCCCGAGGAGGAAAUGAUAUGGAAAAUAGGAAAACCCUUGGUUUUUGGGCUGGUCAUCGAAACUCUAAAAUUAGAGUUAUCUUGGCUCGUGUAUGGGAGAAUGACACAGAACUUGACAUUUCAAACAACAGAAUAAAUAGGGCUACUGCACAACCUCUUGCAUAUCAGAAGAGGUUUUACAAAACUAAAUUCUGUAUAUGUCCAGGUGGCUCCCAAGUGAACAGUGCUCGUAUAGCUGACUCAAUCCAUUAUGGAUGUGUUCCUGUAAUAUUAUCGGACUAUUAUGACCUGCCAUUCAAUGACAUUCUGGACUGGCGAAAAUUUGCUGUCGUACUUAAAGAAAAUGAUGUCUACCAGCUCAAGCAAAUACUCAAGAACAUAUCAGAUGAAGAAUUUGUUUCACUGCAUAAGAACCUAGUUAAGGUCCAGAAGCACUUCCACUGGAAUUCGCCUCCCAUCAAAUAUGAUGCAUUCCACAUGGUGAUGUAUGAACUAUGGUUACGCCACCAUGUUAUUAAGUAUUAAUUUGUGGAUAUAAUUCCAGUUCAAUUUUGUCCGCGCUCAAGGUUGCUUGCUAACAACUCAAAAAACUUGUAAAGCAUGCAUACAGUACUCUUGCCCAUGACCCUUAAUGGGAAUUUACAUGUAUGAACUAAAAACAAUUUAUUUGUUCUUUAUAUAUUCGUUUUAUUCCA